AUGAAGUACCUCGCUGCCUACCUUCUCCUCGCCCUUGCCGGCAACGAGACCCCCUCCGCUGCCGACAUCAAGUCCGUCCUCUCCUCCGUCGGCAUCGACGCUGAGGGUGACCGUCUUGACAAGGUCAUCGCUGAGCUCGAGGGCAAGAACCUCCAGGAGCUGAUCUCCGAGGGCUCCACCAAGCUCGCCUCCGUUCCCUCCGGUGGUGGUGGUGCUGCUGCCCCCGCCGCCGCCGCCGCCGGUGGUGCCGCCGCUCCCGCUGAGGAGAAGAAGGAGGAGAAGGAGGAGGAGGAGUCCGACGAGGACAUGGGAUUCGGACUCUUCGACUAA